UGGUCAAAAUUGUAAAAAUAUUAUUAUACAUUAUGGUUGUACAAUAAACGAUUCAUAUGUUGAAUAUCCUAAAGGAGGUAUAUUUGCUCCAUAUGUAAAAACAUUUUAUAAGUUGGAAAAUCUUCAUACGAAUAAACAACCGGAUAAUUAUUCAUUUACUGAUAGUAUUAAAUGCAUCGGAUUUCAAGCUUAUGCUAAAGAACUAUUUCUACUAGACUAUGAUUCUUAUACAUAUGCUACUUCCUCUCACUGGCGUCCAUUCGAACAAAUAUUUUGCAACAUAAAUAAUGCAUCAUUUUUUAUUCGUAAUUCAUCAGGUCCACAAUACGAUCAAAACUGUUGGAAUAAUUCGUAUAAAUCGUUCAAAUGUCCAUAUUCUGAUCGAUGUAUAUCUAUAUAUCGUGUAGCUGAUGGAAACGCUGAUUGUGAAGUAAAUGAUGAUGAACCAUUUUUAACAAAUGGUGCAUAUUUUGCACCCGUAAAUUGUUCAUCAAUUCAAAAACAUCGUUUUCGUUGCUCAAUAGAAGAACCAUCAUGUUUUUUAAGUUCAAAUAUUGGAGAUUCUGUUCGACAUUGUAUCACAAAUAAUCGUGAUGAAUAUUCUGUUGAAAUGGAAUUAAAAUUAUCAAAUAGUCUAUGCACGGUUAAAAAUUCUGUUGAAUGUACAUUAGUGAAAAAAUAUAUCGAGCAAUCGUCAUCGCUUAUUUCAUUGACAAACACAACAGAUAAUAAUACAAAUAUAAAUUUGGCAUUAUUAUCUUCUAAAUCAAUGUUAUUUAGUCAAUAUUGUGAUACAUUUUGGGAUUUAAUAUUAGGUUUUGAUGAAACAUCAUAUUUAUGCAAAGAAUGGAUUUGUCCAAGUAACUAUUAUCAAUGUUUGAAUGGACAAUGUAUUCCAUUGGAUUGGAUUUGUGAUGGUGAAUGGGAUUGUAGUGAUGGAAGCGAUGAAGAAGGUUUAUUAUCAAUAAUUAAACUUUCACAACAUAAUUCCAAAAUAAUAAAUUUGAAUAAAUUGAAAUUAGAAUGCCUACAAGAACAUGAUAUUCGACCAUUUUCCAAUAUUUGUACUAUUUUUGAAUAUCCAUGUAUAUUAGCCAAUGUUGAAGAUCCAUUUAAUUUUACUGAAAAUCGACCAUGUAUAAAUGUUAGUAAAAUAGGCGAUGGAAAAUCUGAUUGUUAUGGUGGAUUAGAUGAACGAAACGUUCGUAGUUGUUCUUUACAGCGAAUGUUAGGUUUUGAAUUUGAAUGCCAAGCUGAAAAACCUCAAGAUAUUGCUGAUAGUCAUUGUAUUCCAUAUGGUGACCAAUGUAGUCUUCGUUGUUUAAAUGGUGAAGACGAAACAUUAUGUUUUUAUUUAAAAAAUAAUUCUAGAAUUCGUUGUGAUGGUUCAAUGGCUACGGAAGCAGAAUCGUACAAAGACGUUCAUUGUCUUAAUGAUACAUGCAUACCAAAUGCAAGAUGUAAUGGAAUUUCUGAAUGUUUCUAUGGUGAAGAUGAAUACUAUUGUAGUAAAGAAUCAGCAAUAUUUAAAAAGUAUCGAGGCUUUAAACAUCGUAACAUGAAUAAUAUUCUACAAACAGUUAAUCUACCGAACUAUCCAGAAAAAGUUGAUUAA